GUAAAUCUUUGUUUGCCUGCUGAAUUCUUUGUGCAGACAUGAAUACCAAACCAAACUCAAAGUUCGUGUUCUCCGUUAUUUUACUAUGUGCUUUUCUCGAGUUCCAUGUUUCCCUUGCAGCUGACACCAUCAGCAAAAACCAAUCUCUCUCGGGCGAUCAAACCAUUGUCUCUGCAGGUGGGAUGUUUGAGCUAGGUUUCUUCAAACCAGGUCAGCUUUCAAACUACUAUAUAGGCAUAUGGUACUCCAAGCAAGUGGUAUCUGAGAGUACCGUUGUUUGGGUAGCAAAUAGGGAAAUACCAGUAUCUGAUAGAUUUUCUUCGGUGUUGAGCAUCUUAGAUGGUAAUUUAGUUCUCUUGAACAUGUCCAAAAUCCCGGUUUGGUCAACAGAUUUAAACUCCACCACCAGUUCUGGUUCUGUACAAGCAGUUCUUUUGGAUAGCGGAAACCUUGUCUUGAUAGCAGGCUCUAGUAAUAAUACAUCAGAGCCCUUAUGGCAAAGCUUUGAUCAUCCAACCCAUACUUUGCUACCAGGAGGUAAACUUGGAUUCAACAAAAUUACCAAUCAUACCCAAAUUCUCACUUCAUGGAAGAGUUUGGAGGAUCCUGCACCAGGUCUUUACUCUUUUAAGCUAGCUCCGGAUGAAAGCAAUUCGUAUAUCUUACUGUGGAAUAGGUCUAAACAGUAUUGGACCAGCGGACCAUGGGAUGAAAGUUCACAUAUUUUCAACCUGGUUCCUGAAAUGAAGCAAUUUAAUAACUUGGCCCUUAAUAUCUUCAAUUAUAGUUAUGUUACGAAUGAGAACGAAAGUUAUCUCACAUAUUCUCCUAACAAUCCUAAAAUUGCAUAUCGAGGCUCGAUGUCUGCCUCGGGACAGAUUCAGCUACUAAGGAUGGAGAAUUCCAAGCAGUGGGAAUUGUUUUGGUCUCAACCAAGACAGUGUGCUGUUUAUGCUUCUUGUGGGGCUUUCUCCAGUUGCAAACCCACACCCUUGAACUACUGCAAAUGUUUGAAGGGCUUUGUGCCAAACCGGCAGAGUGAUUGGGACUUGCAGAUUUAUUCCGGUGGAUGUUCAAGAAGAACCAGUGUGAAGUGUGGGAAUGCUACGGGAGACGGGUUUCUAAAAGUAAAUAGCGAGUCAUUGCCUGAUAAUAGACAAUAUGAAGGUGCUCUUAGUAUCGAAAGUUGUAGAUCAGCCUGCUUAAAUGAAUGCCAGUGCACUGCUUAUGGCAAUGACAUUGACAAUGGAUGUUCAAUCUGGCAUGGAGACCUCUUGAAUCUGCAUGAAUUUGAAGCAAAUGGAGGUGAUGGAAGAACUUUAUACAUCAGAGCUGCAGCUUCUGACAUCAAGGAAAAACGUGUAAUUAAGCCGUCCCUUUUGAUUGCAAUAGUCUCAACAAUCACUGGUUUAAUUGUUGUCGUUUUUGGCUGUUUCUUAUGGAUGAAAACUUUGGGAAAGAAAAGAGAGCAUAAGAAGAACCAUAAUGAGAGUAAAAGUAAAUUUGAUGUUGGAGGUGGAGGUGGAGGUGGAAAGGAUGAUGCAGAACUACCGAUCUUCGGUUUAAGGGCUAUAGUAGCUGCUACAAACAACUUUGCUGAAGCUAAUAAACUCGGGGAGGGAGGAUUUGGCCCUGUUUACAAGGGAAUUCUGGCUGAAAAUCAAGAAGUAGCCAUUAAAAGGUUAUCAAAAAAGUCAGGCCAAGGACACCAGGAGUUCAUGAAUGAGUUAAAACUUAUUGCCAAGCUCCAACAUACCAAUCUCGUUAGGCUCUUGGGUUGCUGUCUUGAAGAUGAGGAAAUGAUAUUGAUCUACGAGUACAUGCCCAAUCGGAGCUUAGACAAACUUUUAUUUGAUGCAUCUGAAAAAAUUGAAUUAAAUUGGGGAAGACGUUUUCGAAUUAUAGAAGGCAUUGCUCAAGGAGUACUUUAUAUCCACAAGUACUCGAGAUUGAAAAUCAUCCACAGGGACCUAAAAGCAAGCAACAUACUGUUGGAUGGAGCCUUGAAUCCCAAAAUUUCAGACUUUGGAAUGGCAAGGAUUUUCGAGAUAAAUCAGACUGAAGCAAAUACAAACAGGGUUGUUGGCACAUACGGCUACAUGUCACCCGAGUAUGCGAGAUAUGGUCAUUUCUCUGAGAAAUUAGAUGUAUUCAGCUUCGGAGUGUUGUUGUUGGAGAUUGUAAGCGGAAAGAAGAAUGCUGCUUUUUAUCGCUUUGAACAUUCACCAACUCUUGCUGGAUGGGCGUGGGAGUUGUGGAAAGAUGGAAGAGGAAUGGAGGUGAUUGAUGAAUCAGUAAGGGAAACUUGUCGCCUCGAUGAAGCUUUAAAGUGUAUCCAUGUAGGGUUUUUGUGCGUUCAAGAAGCUCCAGCUGAUCGACCAACAAUGUCUUCAGUAAUUCUUAUGUUGCAAGGCAAUGAAUCUACAUCUCUUCCGCCUUCCAAAGAACCUGCCUUUUCAACACACAGAAAUUCCAAUAUUGUUCGCUCUUCUGAAAUGCCUACCAUUUUUUCUCACAACUCACUCACCAAGAGUUUGCUAGAAGGUCGAUAGGCGUUGGAAGAGCAGUGACUGACAAGCAAUUGAGAAAAUAGUAUAGUAUAUUAGAAUAAACAUCCCGACAACUAGCAGUUUUAUACAAACACUUCAGGUUCAAUUACACAUUACCUAAGUUGUUUGUGUGUCUUAUGGUUUUUGCCCAUCCAAACUAAACCUAUAAUAGCAGCAGAUUAAAUUUAUGUUAUGUAUUUUUCAGCUGCAAA